AUGAGGGGGAGUUCGGUGGGGUUGUGCUUCCUUGCUUUGACUAUAGCCCAUGUCACUGAGAUCCAAGCUGCACUGGUCAGCAACCAUGUGAGCAGCAUCUGUAGCACAUGGGGCAGGGAGCACUUCAAGACGUUCGAUGGUGAUGUGUACCAGUUUCCUGGCAUGUGCGAAUACAACCUGGUCUCCGACUGCCAUGACACCUUCCCGGAGUUCUCUGUGCACAUGAAGAGGAAGGAAAGCAAUGGAAACCCGACAGUCAGUUAUGUGGUGGUCACCAUCAGCGAUUUUGCAUUUCACCUCAGCAAGGAUGUGGUCACUGUGAACGACCUGCCUGUCAAACUUCCACACUACCAGGCCGGAGUGCAAAUGGAAAGAAAUGCAGUCUACAUCAAGCUCCAGUCCAAAGUUGGCAUCAUUGUCAUGUGGAACCUUGAUGAUGCAGUCAUGUUACAGUGGUUACUAUUGUCUUUGCAUACAUGUAAAGUCCUUAUAUGUGGCAACUUUGAUGGUGUGUCCCUACUGAUGUAAUUUUAUGCAAAAGGUCACAAAAUCAGUCCCAUUGAGUUUGGCAACAUACAUAAAGUCCAUCGUCCAAAUGAUGAGUGUGAGGACCCAUAUGAAGAGGAAGAUGUGUCACAGGAAGCUAUGAAUGUGCCAGAGUCAUGCAAAGAGUUUCAAAACACCUGUGAAGAGAUGCUGCAUGCAGAAACCUGGAGCUCCUGCACCAAACUGAUUGACCCUGAGCCUUACAUUCAGGCCUGUGUGCAGGACAUGUGUGGCUGUACCAACCAUUCAGAUGACUUUUGUGUCUGCAGCACACUCUCUGAGUUCUCUCGACAGUGUUCCCAUGCAGGAGGGGAGCCUCCCAACUGGAGGACUUCUAAAUUCUGUGCCAAACAGUGCCCAUUCAACAUGGUUUAUGAAGAGAGUGGAUCCCCUUGUGUGGAUACCUGCACGCAUCAAGACACAAGCUCAUUCUGUGAGGACCACAAAAUGGACGGCUGCUUCUGUCCUCCUGGAACCGUGUUCGAUGACAUUUCCAUGAGGGGGUGUAUUGCUCAGUCUGAAUGCCAGUGCAAGCAUGGAAAAAUCUAUGAAUCUGGUGAAGUUUACAGACAGGAGCGAGAGGAAUGCACGUGUUUUGAGGGUAGAUGGGCUUGUGAAAGUCUUUCAACACCUUCUACAUGUGCGGUUGAAGAAGGUUCACAUGUAACCACCUUUGAUGGGAAAGACUUCACCUUCCACGGAGACUGUUACUACACCCUGGCCAAGGUGGAAAGAAAGGAUGAUGCAAGCCCUAAGUUUACCAUUCUGGUCAAACUGGUACCAUGUGCACACCAAGAAUAUGACACUUGUCUGAAGACCAUCAAAAUCCUGCUGAACAAUGACAGAAACAAUGUGUUAACAUUCACUGCUGAUGGCACAGUAAAGCAGAAUAUGCAGAUUAUCAGUUUGCCGCACUACACAGCGGACAUCAGUAUAUUCCAUGCUUCAUCCUUUCACAUCAUCCUCCAGACCAGUUUUGGUUUGCAAAUUCAGAUCCAACAUGUGCCUCUGAUGCAAGUCUAUGUCAGCCUGGAGCAGAGCUACAGGGAAAAGACACGUGGUUUAUGUGGGAACUACAACAUGGUCCUGUCUGAUGACAUGAACACUCGUCAAGGAAUUGUGGAGGGAAGUGCAGCAGCUUUUAGUAACUCCUGGAAGGCUAGCCAUGUAUGCCAAGACAGAGAAGACAGACUUGAUGACCCUUGUUCUUUCAGUAUGGAAAAUGAAAUGUAUGCCAAACACUGGUGCGCCUUGCUACGACAGCCAAAUAGUACCUUUGCAGAGUGCCAUUCUGUGGUGGAUCCUGAGAUUUACUACAAGCGAUGUACUUAUGCUAGCUGUAACUGUGAGAAGAGUGAGGACUGCCUGUGUGCUGUUUUCUCCUCCUAUGCCAGAGCUUGUGCAUCAAAGGGAGUGUUCUUGACAGACUGGAGAGAGAAUGUGUGCGACAAAUACACCAAGAACUGCCCAGAAUCUCAGACUUUCUCUUACAAACAUCAGAGAUGCCAGCUGACUUGCAGAUCACUGAGCUUAAAGCAGCAGAGCUGCACCUCUGAUUUCUUGCCUGUGGAUGGCUGUUCCUGCGCUGAGGGUCACUACCUAGAUGACAACGGCAUCUGUGUCCCAGUGGCAAAGUGUCCCUGUUACCAUAAUAAUGUCUACAUUAGGUCAGGCAAGUCCGUCAGCAUCAACAAUGAGCGCUGCGUCUGCACCAACGGAGUUCUUCAUUGCCAUUCUGAAAGAACCCGCAAGUCAAUUUCUACAGCUUGUCCUUCUCCUAAAGAAUACUUCAACUGCUCCACUGCAAGCGCAGGAGUUGUUGGAGUGCAGUGUGCUCGAACUUGUUUAAAUCUGGACAAUGAUGAUUGUGAUGCCACAGAGUGUGAAUCUGGCUGUCGGUGUCCCAGUGGCCUCCUUGAUGAUGGUAAAGGUUUCUGUGUGAAAGAAAGUGACUGUCCAUGCAAGCAUGAAGGCCAUCUCUAUGUCUCUGGAACACGAAUACCUAAUCAGUGCAACACCUGUACCUGCCAAAGUGGAAAAUGGACAUGCACAGAGAAAAAAUGUCCAGGAACUUGCUUUAUUUCUGGAAGUGGUCACUACACCACAUUUGAUCAGAAAAAAUAUGCAUUUCAAGGACAGUGUGGCUAUGUUGCUGUAAAGAACAACUGUGGCAAUAAAGCAGUGCAGGAGAACUUUGCAGUUAUCACUGAAAAUGUACCUUGUGGCUCUACGGGCACCACCUGCUCUAAAAAAAUCAGAAUUCACCUGGGGGGAACGGUAAUCACACUAUCAAAGGGAAAAUUUACAAAGGAUAAUCUGGGACAUGGACCUCAGAUCCAGAGCACAAUAAGUGAGGUUGGAUCGUAUGUGGUUAUAAAAUCUGACAUCGGUAUGGUAGUGAUGUGGGAUCACAAAACAACUGUUCGGAUCGUGCUUGAACCAGUGCACAGCGGAGAGGUGUGUGGCCUGUGUGGAAAUUUCGAUGGUGAUGCACAGAAUGACUACACCACCCAGGGUCAGCUGGUGGUGAGCAAUCUACUCGAAUUUGUAAACAGCUGGAAAGAGCCUAGCUCUUGCCCAGAUGUGGAGGAGAACAUUGAUCCUUGUGCAGUAGCACCCAGUCGACAUCACUGGGCAAAAAUGAUGUGUAGCAUCAUAAAAGGAGAAACAUUUAAAGACUGUCACAGAAAGGUUUGCCCUGAUCCAUUUUAUGAAAACUGCGUGAAAGACUCAUGUGCCUGCGACACUGGAGGAGACUGUGAAUGUUUCUGCACAGCAGUUGCAGCUUAUGCUCAGGUUUGCAAUGAGCAUGAUGUUUGCGUUGAUUGGAGAACUCCAGAGAUCUGUCCUGUCUAUUGUGAUUACUACAAUAACCGAACCAGGCUCGGAAUAACAGAAUGCUUAUGGCACUAUCACCCUUGCCACCCUACUUGCUACAAAACCUGUUUGAAUCCAGAACCUAAAUGUCCGAAUCCCAUACCCACCCUGGAAGGCUGUUACCCUGUAUGCCCAGAGGAUAAGCCCAUAUUUGAUGAGGAAAACAAUAGAUGUGUGAAUGCAUGUAUCAGUGUGAAUACUACCACAACUACAACUACCACCACAUCUACAACUACAACUAUUACCACAACUACACCUCCUACUACAACAACUACACCUACUCCUACAACUACCACAACAACUACCACAACUCCAACUACGACUACCACCACGACUACAACUACAACUACCACUACAACUCCAACUACCACUACAACUCCAACUACAACUACCACCAUGACUACAACUACAACUGCCACCACAACUCCAACUACAACUACCACCACAUCUACAACUACCACAACUCCAACUACGACUACCACCACGACUACAACUACAACUACCACUACAACUCCAACUACCACUACAACUCCAACUACAACUACCACCACAUCUACAACUACCACAACUCCAACUACGACUACCACCACGACUACAACUACAACUACCACUACAACUCCAACUACCACUACAACUCCAACUCCAACUACCACCACAUCUACAACUACCACAACUCCAACUACGACUACCACCACGACUACAACUCCAACUACCACUACAACUCCAACUACAACUACCACCAUGACUACAACUACAACUGCCACCACAACUCCAACUCCAACUACCACCACAUCUACCACGACUACAACUACUACCACGACUACAACUACUACCACAACUACAACUACAACUACCACCACAACUCCAACUACAACUAUAACCGCAACAACAAAGGAACUGGACUGCCCUGACUGGGGUGUUUCACAAAAUGAGACCUUUGAAUUGUGCGAAUGCAUAUGGGCCAGAUGCAUAGAGAACAGAACAGUAGAAAUUCUUAAAGAUCAAUAUCCAUGUCCACCGCUUCAAAACAUAACUUGCGCCAAUGGACGAGAACCAGUUCUGUUGAAUAGCACAAACCCCUGCACACCCCCCCCUUGUCAAUACCUUGCUUGUGACUGUGAAUGUAUAGGGUGGGGAGAUCCACAUUACGAAACGUUUGAUGGACUUUACUACAGUUAUCAAGGAAACAGUACUUAUGUGUUAAUGGACGAAAUUGAAAAAAGGCAUAACCUAACAAUUUACAUUAAUAAUGAGUUUUGUGAUCCCAUUGAACAUGUAUCUUGUCCACGAUCGUUAACAGUAUCAUAUAAAUCACAAAACAUCACACUUAUUAAUACUAAUCCUGAUCUUCUUGGAGCUGUACAGUUGGAGGUUCUGAGAAAUGAAACAUGUUUGGAUCUAACUCAAAAAGAGAGUGUUGAAAUCGUGAGUUCUGGUCUUAAAUUGAUUUUAAAGAUUCCUGACCUAAACGUGGUUAUUGAAUUUGGAAUAGUUGGCUUCAGGGUAUUCCUUCCAUUCGAGUACUUUGGCAAUAAUACACAGGGCCAUUGUGGAACAUGCAACAAUAACCAGGCUGAUGACUGCAUGUUGCCUGGACGUGAGCUGGUGGAAAGCUGUGCAGUGAUGGCUGAUUCUUGGUGUGUUAACACCACUGGCAACUGCACAGCACAACGUGCACAACCACUCAGUGCCCAAUCAUGCAAAUCAGACCCCGUGUGUGAUCUGCUUAAUACUAAUGUCUUUGCAGAGUGCCAUCCGUUUGUCUCUCCAGAAAAUUUCUACAAAGGUUGUGUUUUUGAUAGCUGUCAUGCUUCAAAUGAAAAAAUGAAGUGCACAAGUUUACAGACUUAUGCUGCAGCCUGUGCUCAGGCUGGAGUUUGCAUUCACUGGAGGAACCACACCACAGUGUGCACUGGUGAAUGCCCAUCAGGCAAAGUUUACAAGCCUUGUGGUCCUGCAGAACAGCCAACCUGUGAAGACAAUCCAAGUGGACCAAUUAUAAACUACAUUACUGAAGGCUGUUUUUGUCCUGAUGGAAUGAAACUCUUCAACCAGAAGUCUAGAAUAUGUGUUGAAAAAUGUGGAUGUCUUGAUCCUGAGGGCAUUCCUCGUGAGUUCAAUGAAAGAUUUGAGUACAAAUGCCAGGACUGUAUCUGUGACGAAUCCACCAAGACUGUGACUUGCAAGCCUAAAGUGUGCCCACCACCACCAGCCACUACAGACUGCUCUGCCCCUGGGUUUGUCCUUGUCAACCAGACCAGCCCAUCAGACCCCUGCUGUUCUACCUAUGCUUGCCAGUGUCAACCCAACACCUGCCCAGUUACCCAUAUGAACUGUCAAAUUGGACAUAAGACAGUUGUUGGGCUUCCUGAUGGAAAAUGCUGUGCAGAACAUAAAUGUGAACCUAAAAGAGUUUGUGUUCACAGAGCAACUGAAUACCAGCCUGGUUCUUCAGUUCCUAUGAAGCCAUGCCAGCAUUGUACGUGUGCCAAUGAGAUUGACCCAAAAUCUCAUCUAUUACAAAUAAUUUGUGUGGAUCAAAAAUGUAAAGAAAGCUGUGAUGUGGGAUAUGAAUAUGUGGAAAGUGAUUCUGAUGAAUGCUGCGGGAAGUGUGUACAGACACACUGUGUUGUCAACAUUAAUGGAACCAAACAACUUUUGACUCAAGGAGAAACCUGGUCACCACCGGGGAAUAAGUGUGAACAUUACACCUGUGUCAAGAAUGGUGAGACUUUAACAGCAAGCCAUUCACAGACUGUCUGCCCACCCUUCCAAGAGAGCAACUGCCAACCUGACACAAUUCAAACUGCAGCAAAUGGCUGUUGCAAAAUUUGUGAGGAGAAGGAGAAGGGAUGCAAGUUAAUGUCCAUGAAAACCCAUAUUACAGUCAACGGUUGUCAGUCUGCCCAGGAGGUAGAUAUGCCAUAUUGUGAAGGAUCCUGCAACACUUACACCAUGUACUCUAAAGCAGCAGGAGCGAUGGAGCAUUCCUGCUCAUGCUGUAAGGAGAUAAACUUCAGCAAUCGCACCGUUGACCUGGUCUGCUUGAAUGGAGACACGGUCCCCUACACAUACAUGUAUGUGGAGCAGUGUGGUUGUACCAAGACGGACUGCAGCAGCGCUGGACAUCAUGUUCGCAGGAAGAGAAGCUUCACACUGCUGUGA